AUGUCUGGUCCGGAAACACCGCGCUCAUUCUUGCAAAAAGCCUGUGAGAAUUGCCGGCUUAGGAAGAUCAAAUGUGACAAACAAAUACCAUGCGCCAGCUGCCAGACAUUGGGUAUAGCUUGUCAAGCCGCUGUUACUCGAGCUGCCGAACAUAGACCGCGCAUUGUGGUGACCAGUCAAUAUGAACGGCAGAUUACCUUGAUCCAAGAACGAUUACAAGGUAUCGAAAACAGCCUCAAACAGUUGUCGCGAGGUUCUCUCGUUUCGACUCCUCAGACCAAGUCAUCGAUAUCAGAAGCCGAGCACUCACCUGCCCCUACAAACAAUAGUAUCGCGAUCUACGAAGGAGAAUCAUCUUUCGGCAACCAGACCAUACAAGCAGGUCAACUCGCCGACGUCACUGCCACUGCAGUACCAGGUGUGCCAUCGAGCGAGUUGUCGAACGCUCUCUUACUGCUCAAAGAUAGCUUGAAGCGACAUGAAGCGCUAUCGCGGACUCACGAGACACACCUCAACACUAGAGUCAAGCUAGACUCUGCGAAUCAGCAAGAGCUUCCGCCUGCUCCACUCGUGAUCGCUUUGAUCAAGAUAGCAAAGGUGAGCCAACCAGCACUCGAGCUCAGUACCUUCAACGCUAAGAGUAGUCGUACAGCGCGCCCAUCUGUAUCUUUAGUUGCUUUCUCCUACAAGGGGGUAGCGCAGCUGGAAGCACUCUGCCAAAAGGUCUACUUCCCGCUAGAACCACCAUCGGUGGGGUCCAUGACAUUUUUCUAUGGUUUCCUGUAUUUUGUCAUUCGUGACUAUUGGAGCCAGCAAGACCCUGCGCUUCGCGAAUAUGACGCACAGGCUAUCAUUGAUCUUUGUGAGACGCGGUUUUGCGCUGGCCUCGAAAAUUUUGAGACGCUUACAGUCCCCGUCUUGCCAAAUAUUCAAGCACUCCUUAUCGGUGCGAUCAAAGCACAGGAAGAAUGCAAACUGUCUUUGAGCUGGACAUUUCUCUCAGCCGCAGCGACCAUGUGCCAUACACUCGGCUUCCAUCGUAAAUCAUCACUCGCCCACGAAGACCAAGAAUCCGCAGACAUCAAACGACAUAUAUUCUGGCAGCUAUACAUGCUAGACAAAAAUCUAUCACUGAACCUAGGACGAGGAUCAAACUUUCCAGAUUCGGAUAUCGAUGCCGAAUUCUUCACCCCAUCGUCAAUUCCAGCACAGAGGCCAUGGGACUUGAUGUCACUGGCUACUAUUCUGUUUGCGAAACUCCAAGGACAAGUUUAUGACAAGUUGUAUUCUGCUUCGGCAAUGAAUUCAUCUCUGGAAGAACGAAGUCGUGUGGUGGAUGAACUAUCGUCACAGGUGAACGCUCUGCGGAAUCAACUUCUCUCGGUAAAUCGCAAUGAGACCUUAGUAAAAGCGAUGUGGACUGACGAGACCAGNAUUGACUUUACUGGUGCUUAUUACCAGGAACGUCUGAUAGGAAUGGCACACUCGGCGGAUUUCGUCUGCUAUUCUGUUCUGACAGUCAUCUAUCGAGCUCAACCACUGAUGAGCAGCACCACCGAAAUUAGCCCUCGGUGCUACGAAGCCGCACGACUUGGACUGGAGAACCAUCUCCGGUGCUUUGCACAGUUCAGAGAUCGUUCAGUGCCACAGCAGGCUGAAUAUGUGAAUUGGAUUCUGCUAUAUCCUUCAUUCACACCUUUCACAGUCGUCUUUAUCCACGCGAUCGCAACAUCCAACACGGAAGAGCUACAACUACUACAAGAAACAGUGCACUCCCUCGACCACAUAAAGUUUCUUUCUCCAGCAGCAAAACGUCUCCACGAUGUAUGCGCCGCAUUCGCCAAAGUGGCAGCGGCAUUCAUAACCUCACAGCGCACACUGAGCAAUUGGCACUGUCGUGGCGAUGGCACUUUAUCGCUCGCAUCCGCAGACGAGACAAACUACGAAGCGGACUUGGCAGCGGUAGGACAGGAUCAAGAUGCACUAUCGGCGUUCUUGACUUCAUUGGCGACGCAGAAUCGGCCGUUGACGGAUUUCCUGCAUAUGGAUUUUUUGGAUGCUGAGUUGGGGAUGGGAGAAUUGUUUCCGCCUACACAGUGA